AUGUCGGAGAAGAUCGAGGCAAAGGACGAGAUCUACCAUGACGAGGCCGUCACCACCUUGAACCUGGCUAAGAAUCUUGACGCCAAAGUCGCAAAUCCUCUUGCCGACAUUCCGCACGAUAUCUUGAUGAGAAAUGUCGAAGACUUCGCCCGAGACAAAGACCUCGUCGACCUCACCGACACCCUGAAGAAGGGCGCGCUGAUCGCCCAGAAUCCGUCAAGGUGGCAGGAGGUCGAGGGGAUGACCGAGGAGGAAAGGCACCUGCUCCAGCGCGAACACGACCACAAGUGGAAGCACCCGUUUGCUCUUUACUUCACCAUCAUCGUCUGCUCCAUUGGUGCUGCCGUCCAGGGCUGGGACCAGACCGGAUCGAACGGUGCCAAUCUUUCUUUCCCUCAGGAAUUUGGUAUCGGCCAUGGCGAGGACAAGGGCCACCCCAACUACACUCGUGACAGUUGGCUCGUUGGUGUCGUCAACGCCGGACCUUACAUCGGAUCUGCUUUCAUUGGCUGCUGGCUGUCGGACCCCUGCAACUUCUACUUCGGUCGUCGCGGUACCAUCUUCAUCUCGGCUGUCUUUUGCGUCCUCACUCCGAUCGGAGGUGCCGUCUGCCAGACUUGGGAGCAGCUCUUCAUCACGCGUCUUCUCAUGGGCAUCGGCAUGGGUCUGAAGGGUGCCACCGUGCCCAUCUUCGCUGCCGAAAACGCGCCCGCCAGGAUCCGUGGUGCGCUCGUCAUGUCGUGGCAGAUGUGGACCGCCUUUGGCAUCUUCCUGGGGUUCUGCGCGAAUCUUGCAGUGUACAAAAUCGACAAGAUUGCCUGGCGCCUGCAAAUCGGCUCUGCCUUCAUCCCGGCCGUGCCAUUGGUCCUGGGAAUCUUCUUCUGCCCCGAAUCGCCACGAUGGUACAUGAAGAAGAACCGAUACCGCAAGGCGUACAACUCGCUUCUCCGGCUCCGCUUCCACCCGAUCCAGGCCGCCCGCGAUCUCUACUACAUCCACGCCCAGCUUGAGGUCGAGGCAGCAAUCGUCGGCAAGUCGAACUACCUGACCAGGUUCGCCCAGCUCUUCACCAUUCCCCGCGUGCGCCGCGGUACCCUGGCCUCCUUCGUCGUGAUGAUCGCCCAGCAGAUGUGCGGCAUCAACAUCAUCGCCUUCUAUUCCUCCACCGUCUUCCGAGAGGCCGGUGCCAGCCAGAGCGAAGCCCUCAUUGCUUCCUUCGGCUUCGGCCUUGUCAACUUUGUCUUUGCUUGGCCAGCCAUCUGGACAAUCGACACGUAUGGCCGUCGUACGCUGUUGUUGUUCACGUUCCCGCAGAUGGCGUGGACGCUGCUGGCGGCCGGCUUCUGCUUCUACAUCCCGCAAGACAACAAAGCACAUCUCGGACUAGUCGCCUUCUUCAUCUAUGUGUUCGCAGCGUUCUACAGCCCUGGCGAAGGCCCGGUACCGUUCACUUAUUCAGCAGAGUGCUUCCCACUCUCCCACAGAGAAGUUGGUAUGGGUUGGGCGGUGGCGACGUGCCUGUUCUGGGCCGCCGUCCUGUCCAUCUCGUUCCCGGCCAUCCUGCAGGCAUUCUCGUCUACAGGCGCAUUCGGCUUCUACGCGGGUCUCAACGUGAUAGCCUUCGUCAUGAUCUUCCUCUUCGUGCCCGAAACCAAGCAGCGCACGCUCGAAGAGCUCGACUACAUCUUCGCGGUGCCGGUCCGCAAGUUCAUCUCGUACCAGCUAGGCCAGGCGCUGCCGUGGUGGAUCAAGCGUUGGGUGUUGAUGCAGAAGAACGCCAAGCUCGAACCGCUGUACCACUUCGACAAGGGCAUCGACGCGGACGCGUCCGACACCGAGAGGACCGUGAAGCCCAAGAUAUAG